AAUAUGUCGCUUCUUCGCUUUAAGUGGUUUGAAAUGGUUUGCCUUACAAUUAAAGAGGUUAUACCGGGUCUUGUCUGACGAGUUGUUACGUUUGACAACAGCUGGCUAAUAUUUUACCAAAAAAAUAAACAAACCUGCACCGGAAGUGUUUUGUGCUCGUGCCACGUCAGAGCUACAAAAGUGUUAUCAUCAGUGAAGAGGAGUCUCUGAAGCUUUCUGCGCUUUUUCUUUGCUUUCACCAUGCUGUGCCUGCGACUGAGCUGUUUGCUGCUGCUACAUGUGUUCGUGGUGUUUGGGACCGAGCUCACCUUUGAGCUCCCUGACAACGAUAAACAGUGUUUCUACGAGGAGCUAGAGAAAGACGUCAAGUUUGACAUAGACUUCCAAGUCAUCGCAGGAGGCAACUAUGAUGUGGACUGCUUUGUCACCGACCCUCAGAACAAUGUGUUGUAUAAUGAGAAGAAGAAGCAGUAUGACAGCUUCUCUCACACCACAGCUAUGAAGGGAGUCUACAAGGUCUGCUUCAGCAAUGAAUUCUCCUCUUUUACCCACAAAAUGGUGUAUCUGGAGUUCCGGCAUGGAGAGGAGGAACCUCUCAUGCCGAGCUUGACGAGAAGCACAGCACUGACUCAGUUGGAGUCAUCUUGCGUCUCCAUUCAUGAGAUUCUGAAGGUGGUGGCUGACUCGCAGACAUGGUACAGACUGAGAGAGGCACAUGACCGCACAAAGGCAGAGCACCUCCUCGAGCGGGUGACCUACUGGUCCAUCGGAGAAACCAUCUUGCUGUUUGUCAUCGGUAUUGGUCAAGUCAUGUUGCUUAAGAGCUUCUUCAUUGAGAAGAAAGGCUCUGUAGCAGCCACCACUUAGAAAUUUCUUGGAUUCUUGGAAAUCUCUUCAGUGUGAAUGCAGACGUGCAUCUGGAAAUGAGUGUGCAUCUUGUACUUUCAGCAAACCCUUUGUUAAAGGGAUAGUUCAAGGAGUUUUCCUAUUUCUAACUUCUUACCCAGCAUUAGACGGACUUGUAAAUGCCUUUUUCAUGUCAAUUCUGUUUUGUUCUUAACAAGCUGUAUUGAAAAGAAAUAUCACUCAUACUUGCAUAGAAAAUGAGAUUGUCAUCAACCUUGCACAUAUUAUUUAUUGUACUUUUAUAGAAGUACAAGAUAAAGCAGGUUUUGCAAUCUGUGCCAUAUGUGCAUGAAACAGAUUGCCUUAUAGUUAGACUGUCGUGGAUUUUCAUAUGAUAUCCAGAAAUUAUGGUGAAAGUUGUGGCACACUGAUAGAGACCAAAGAAGCUGUUUGUUUCUGAAUGUUAGUUUUAUUUGUUUUAUAAUAUGUAUUUUGUUUACUAUUGCCUUAAUUUAUGUGUAAAAUUGUUGUUGUUGUUGUUGUUGUUGUUACAUGUUAUAAGAGCUUUGUCUUCCUCAUGCCUUAAUCAGUCUCAUACGAAGUGCCUCAAGAUUCCUACAAAGUUGAAGGUUUACUGUUUUGUCUGUUAUGUGCCCUCCUGUUCUUACUGAUUGAAUGGAUUUUCAGUUUCCACUCUUACAUUUUACAUUAAUAUACAUUGGAAAGUGACCAAGUAUUAUGGGUUUUUUUUCCACCAAAAAAAAAAGUUAUGUUUUCAGUCCUCAUUUGUUUAUUUUCCUGAUUGUUACCUGUAAAACCUGUCAUACAGUAUGAACUGCAUAAAGAAUGUCGAAACAUUG